CACUAGACGUUACUUCAAACAUUCAUUUGUCGUUAAAAACAACAUGACAGUAGCAUAGGGCUCAUACUCUUUCUCUUUCAAGUGCGUAAUCGAAUGUGCAUUUGUAAAAAAAUUAAUAAGCGUGUUUAAAUUUAGUAACAUCCGAAUCAUAAUGUCGUCUGUUCCAGGAAUAUCCAUGGUUAAUAUGUCAAAAAAGAUGUUUCACAGAUUACUGCAAAUCAAUGGUGUGAUUAAACACAGACAGUUUUCAGCUUCAAGCAAUAUGAAGAAAGAGACUGUUGGAUUUGUAGGAUUAGGAAAUAUGGGAAAUCACAUGGCAAGAAAUUUAAUAAAGAAUGGUUAUCCUAUAGUAGUAUUUGAUGUAAAUACAGAAUCAACAAACUCAUUAAAAUCUGAUGGUGCCAGUGUUGCCAGCUCACCAGCAGAAGUAGCCAGUGCUGUUACCAAAAUAGUAACUAUGUUACCUGAAAGCUCUCACGUUCAAGAAGUUUAUAAUGGCUCAAAAGGAAUAUUAAGUACAGUACAAAAAGAUAGUUUAUUGAUAGAUAGUAGUACAAUAGAUCCUAGUGUAUCACAACACAUGGCUAGUGAAGCUCAGAAAAAAGGAUCCGUAUAUCUAGAUGCUCCUGUGUCCGGUGGAGUAAAUGCAGCAAGAGAUGCAUUAUUAACAUUCAUGGUUGGUGGACCAGAAACUCAGUUUAAUCAAGCUAAAGAACUUUUAUCAUUAAUGGGGAAAAAUGUCGUACAUUGUGGAGCUGUAGGAACUGGACAGGCAGCUAAAAUCUGUAAUAAUAUGUUAUUGGGUAUAUCUAUGAUUGGAACAGCUGAAACUAUGAACUUAGGAAUCAAAUUGGGUCUGGAUCCCAAAAUGUUAGCUAAAAUAUUAAAUAUGAGUUCUGGUAGAUGCUGGUCAUCAGAAGUCUAUAAUCCUGUACCAGGUGUAUUAGAAGGAGUACCCUCUAGUAAUGAUUAUAAAGGUGGUUUUGGUACAGCUCUCAUGACAAAGGAUCUUGGUUUAGCCCAGAGUGCAGCUACAACAACUAAAGCCCCUACACCGCUAGGUUCAGUUGCUCAUCAACUUUAUAGAACAAUGGUUAAUCAUGGACUUGGUGGAAAAGACUUCUCGGCAGCUUAUCUCUUUUUACAGGAUAAAAACCAAAAUUAGAUAGCUACAACAUUAUACAACAAGGCUCUGGUUUCAGUCAUAUUUGCCAGUCUCAAAUGACUGGCAGUGAAACUGACUGGCUUGAAAACUUACCUGUCAGUCAAUUUCAAAGAAUUUAACACAACAAAUACAGUUAAAGAUGCAUCAUUUAAGAGCUAAUUCUGACUAUUACAAGUCUUACUUUUGGUUUCAAAUGCUAUAUAAAUUGUUAUUAGAUAUUUAUUCCCAUGACAAGCCUAUAAGUAUAAUCAACUGUCUAGACUAUCAGAUGGUCGGAAUUUAAAUGCAUUAGAACACCUAUGAGAUUUAAAGGUCUUAGUCACGGUUGUCAAGUAACGUUACUCAGAUAUCAGGCAGUCAUAACUUCGCCCAGAAUAUAGUAAUUUGAAAUUCUUUUUCAAUAUAUUCAUAUUUCAUUAUUUUUGAACUACUAAAGCAAGAACAACCAACUAAAAAUCUUACAUAAUGCAUCUUUAAAUUUAUAGUAUACUAUUCAAAAAAAG